UAGAGAUGAAGCGCAGAAAAUAAUGUUACACUCGACGUUAGAAAAAUGCCAGGAAGUUGGGAAUCUGAACCUUACUGAGACAAGCGAAAGUUCAAAGUCUGAUCUGGAUCAGUUUCGGCGAUAUUUAGAUUUUAGGUUUAAUCCAGACCUGCGCAGUUGCAAAUUGUGUUCGGAAACUACGAGAGAGUCCAUUAAAGUUAAACGAACGAAUUUUGGUUUCAGGCGCAGAAAGAAAAGUAAACAUGUUGAAAUUAGAGACACAGCAGCACCGGUCUUGAAAAUUUGUCCUGAAGAAGUGGUGUUUCACAAUUGCAAAAGUGGAGAAACUUCUAGCAAAACGAUUAAAAUUAUCAAUGUUCAUUCCGAAUUGGAUGGUGUAAGCAUUAUUAAGCUUCCAAAGGCAUCUCAGGUUACAAUAGAGUUUGGUGGUGGUAAACUGGCUCCCGGAAUGUCGUUGAAUGCGAGAGUAUUUUACACUCAGGAAGGAGUCUCGAUGGUUGACGAUGAAGCAAUAUUUAAAAGCACGAAAGGCGACGUCGUUAAGGUAAAAAUCAGAAGCACUCGUGAUCCACCAAAACUUUAUGGAUACAUAUACAAGACCAUAGAAGAAGGCACUUUUUUUGCGAAAGUAGAUCAAAGUUCGCAAAAUCUAUCGAUAAAUUGCGGAAGUUGUUUUGUGACUAAAUGUGUGCCUCUAACUUUGAUACUAAAAAAUGUUGGUUAUGGCAGCCGUUUCCUUAUGGUGUCGAAGGAGAAUUGGCUUGAUAAAUACUUUUCGAUGGACUCCAAUGAGCUUCAGACUAGCAGUUUUUUAAUUAGGCCUGCUUACUUUGAACUCGGCUCAAAGGAAAUUUUAGAAAUAUGCAUCAUUUUCCACCCUCAAUCUUGUGGGACUCACAUUGAAUCGCUGUAUUUGAUUAGCGAUAGUAAUUACUGCCAACCAUUAGAAAUUUUUGGAAACGCCGUCUACUUUACAAGAGGAAUAAUAAGCGUUUUCGUUAACCCGUCUGAGCAAGAUAUUGCUAAAAGCGGAAACCAUUGCAUAUUUUUAGGGCGCACCAGUGUAGAUGUUGUCCGUUCUGUUACUUUGGAAAUUUUCAACAACAGCCCGAUGUUUCUAAAGUUCUUCAUCGGAUGGGGAAACAAAUGUGACCAUCGUAAUAACGCGGAGUGGAUUAAAAUGGGAAUUGAAGGAAACAAGCUGGUCCCUUUCGGAUGCAAGGAAAUUUUGUUGUACGUCUACACGGAUAAACUGAAGCCCGGAUAUAAUUGCGUGCAUUUAGCACUGUUUAUAAGCGAUGUGCCUGUAAUUAGUUUGAACGAAAAUGAAUAUUUUUUGGUAUCUACCAAAGAGGAGUCCCUGGAAAAUGCCAUAGAAAAUCGCUCGAAUGUUGAUGUUCAAUGUAUAGAAGUCGAGAUUGCUUGUUGUAUGGAUACCCAGUCGCCAUCUCGCCAACCAGAGCUGAAAACUGUUGAGCACAAUAAACUACAACCACCGAUACCGACAAUAGUUUUCUCGAAAUCAUUCUUGGAAUUUGGAACGGUGCCUGAGGGUAUCGAUUAUCAAGGGAAAUUGUUCUUAAGAAAUUUGAGUUCAAACGAGGUGCGAUGGUCAUUAGUCGAGCUUAGCUACUAUGUCGAUCGUUCCCCUUAUAUGGAAAUUGAGCGCUACUCAAAUUUAUCCAGCGACGAAGGGUACCUAAAACCUGGCGGGAAACAUUGCCUAAUAUACAGAGUUGUCAACAAAAGUGCAACUCAGCAUUUGUCCAUUUUAAUACUCUAUAGCGAGAAGGAUGGCGAGCUAAAAGCCGAAGAUGCCUGCUUGGUGACAUACGAGAUUGUUAAACAAAAUGUCGUCAUAAAAACAAACGAUUCGGACGAUCCUGUCAUCACACCGGGGCACAUAUUAUAUACGGAUGUCCCCGUAAUCAUAUCGAUUGAAUUAAAAAAUUUGAGCACGAUAACUGGAUGUUUCUAUUUCCUGAAACAUGUUGGAAAGGAUGCAAACAAAAUAUCCAUUAAAUAUAAACCUUUAUUUGGGAGACUAGGCCCUUCUGGUAGCAAACGGGUUGAUUUAAAAGUGACGUGUCAUGACCUAGGAAUUUUUGAAGAAAUUUACAUUCGAUGUUUCGUGGGGUGCGGCCAAGAAAUUCUACUCACCAAACUUAUCUGCUUAGUGGACUGUAUUCACGUCAAUUUCCAUUUGCCAACCGAUACAGCAGGAUAUAAAAAAAUACCGUGGCCACCAAAAGUGGUUUAUGAAGGCGCUUGGAACGACUGUCGGUGUAAAGAAGACAUAUAUUGCGAGGAAACUCCAAUUAAUAUUCAAGAAUUACUUAAUGAGGAUGGAAAUGUACGCAUACAUUCGCAGUCGGCCGACAAAAUUGACACACAUUUGAAAGAUUUGAAAUUCGAAUGUCUAAAAGAAAACGUCGUUCGAAUAUACGAUGUGCCUAUAAAAAAACCCCACAAAAUGACAUUCUGUAUUGAGAAUAUUACCCCAAAGGUUGCGGGAUACACAAUCAAAUCCACCAAUUUUUCUGCAAAGGAAAAAAUUGCUUUCGAUAUGGCUAAUAAAAUAUUCCAAAAAUUGGAAGAUAUUUUGGAACCAAUGUUAUCAGAAUACGGAAUCCUUAUAUAUGUGGAAACCGAUGGUGGUAGCUUGGGUGCAUUCGAAUUCAUUCCAAUUAAUGUAUUGAUUUACUCAAAUACCUUCGGAACCUACGUAGAGGACAUUGUAGUCGACAUCGAUAACGUUAUCUACUUUGAAUUUUCUGUAAUAGUCGAGGUAGUAGGAUGUCCGCUAUACUUACCCAUGUUCCAAACGUAUACGACAUAUUAUCCCACUUUGAGGUUAGGGUCUUUAUUAUAUAAUGCCGAAGAUGUUAAAAGGAAAAUUGAUAUUUUGAAUAUUUCGUCCAUACCACUAAGAGUCAUAUGGCACACUUUUCUCUAUAAUUCCGAGAAUGACGAAGCACCUUCAAAACCGUUUAACGUCGUUUGCAAUUGGUUAGGGGAUAAGGACAGUAUUCUCCUUGAUUUCACAGAACGUUAUUUCGGAACCGACUGCUCUCAAUUUAUACAAGUCAUUCCAAGUGAAUCGUAUUUUUCAAACUGCUCCAACAAGCUGAACGUUACGGUGUUAUUUAAACCGUCAAAACUGGAAUGGUUCAACUACAAAAAAAUGUUAACUUGUUUUCUUUUGGGAAGAAUCUUACUCGACGGAGAUAGUAGGCAAAAACUGAAUUACUAUUAUCGUAAACCGGAACCGAUCAUUAUUGCGGUAACAGUAAAAUUGGAGAUUCCAUAUCUUGAUGUUGAAAUUAAAGAAGAAGAUAAACAAUUGCACAUUUUUGCCAACGAUAUACUGCUCCAUAAUAAGUUGAAACAUGAUAUCCAAUGCCGAAUUAGGAACGACAAUAAUUGUGGUGUCGAAGUUCACUUAAAAACUGACGAGCCUUAUUACUUAGCGUACGGAAACACAAGGUUAAAAUUAGCACCCAGUGGUUGGGAAAUUAUCUCCAUGUUUGUCGCCGUUUCACACGAUCAACUGUUAAAAUGGGCAAUUGAAUUAUACAGACCUGCACGUUCCAAUGAAAAUGAUGAAAAUUUACAAGUGGAAAAGUUCGAUCGUGGAGAUAAAAUCCUCACGAUGAGAUCCUACUUAAACAUUUAUUACAACCAAAGACUUAAAGAUGAGUUUCCGCUCUUCCUGCAUCUUCAUUAUCCGAAUAUAGCAGUUAAACCCGACCGCAUAAAAUUUGGUUAUAUUUUGACCGGAUCAACAGUACAGGGUUUGCUAUCAAUUUUUAAUUUAACAGGUAGUGAAGUUACGUUCCAUAUGUUUAAGUCGUGUCCUGGAUCGGCAAUUGCAGUGAUCCCAGAUUCGGGAAGAAUAGAUAGAAGUACCGGUUCCAAUCACAGCUUCAUAAACAUAACCGUGUGUUUUACACCCAGCGAGAGUAGAGCCUACCGGGAAACAAUACGAGUCAUCACGAACAUACCUGAAUGUUACAUGGACGUUGCCGUAGAAGGAUGCGGGUCGUGUGAUGAGAAAUUUGUCACAUAUUGUAUAAAAUAG